CGGUAGCUCGAUAGUGACGGUAUCGUACAUUUUCAUAGGGGUCGGUUCUUCAGUUUCUACCCUCUAAAAACAACAUUCUUUUCAUCUUUGGCGGAAAUUAUCAAGGUUCAACGUUUAUUUCAAUUUGUGUUUAAUUCUUCAGUGAAUUGGGGAACAUUUUUUGUGAAAAAUCACCCUUUUAAGAGAAGACAUUGAAGAUACUUCUAGUUUAAGGUAUAAGGCAUUCUUGUCAUCUCUAUUUUGCAAGAGGAUAUUGUUGUAACCUCUUCUAGGAGGGAAAAUCAACCGUCAAUUUUUGGAUUUUAAUGUGUUUUGAGUGAAAUUUGAUGUUUGAAGAGAGAACCUUAAAGUGAAGUUGAGGAAGGAGGGAAAAUUGAGGAAGGAGUUUUCCAAUUCGUGAGGACACAUUCAGGACACAUAGGAAUUUAAAUUGGACUUUUGUCCGAGACGGGGAACAAGGUGCACAGUGAAGUGAGUGACAGAGUGAGUGCUUGACACGAAUGUGCUUGGUUUGAUCCAGAAGAAACUUUGGAAACAGCGGCUAACAGCGAGGAGCCGUUCAGCCUGGAUCACAUUAAAACUGCCGGCAACUUGAAAGCGUCGCGUCGCAAGUGAUGUUGUGAAACAGAACCCAAAGUAUAGAGAAAAUGAAGAAUCUUUUAGGUUACCUAACACUCUUUCUCGUCACUCUCGCCAUCGAUUAUGGGGCAGGUAUGGAGUGGCAGCACAGUGCCGUUCUGGAUAACAAUUUUCUUGUCCUCUGGACACCUGGAGAGAAGGAUGUGACCUUUGAAGUUCAGGUUAAAACGCUGGGAUAUGUUGGUCUAGGAUUUACGAAAGAUGAUAGACGAGAUGGUGCUGAUAUGGUCAUCGGCUGGGUGGACAACAACGGACAGGUUCAUCUUCAGGAUCGACAUGUCAAGGAUGCUGGCCGAGAUCCUCAAAUGGAUUCAAGUCAAGAUUAUCACCUGCAGCUGGGCUACGAGAAUAAGACGCACACAGUUUUGCGUUUUAGUCGACAGUACGAUACUUGCGACCCUCGUGACCUCAAGAUCACGAAUGAUACCAUGCAAGUUGUUUGGCAGUACAAUGCCGAUGAGCCGGUAUCCGCAGCUGGUGUUCUUCCUGCUCAUGGAGCCGUACGAGGUUCGCGACCUCUUUACUUGGUACAGAGGGACGCUCAACCCAAACGCAGUUCUCGGAACCACGAGAACGAUGCAAAACUUCAGGUGUGGAACGUCUUGAACCAUCAGGUUCGUUUACCAACAGAGCAAGAUACACUGUUUUGGUGUCGAAUUCUCAAGAUGCCGAACAUCCACCGCAAGAACCACGUUGUGAGAUACGAGCCCGUCAUUCAGCCAGGCAGCCAGGAGUACCUGCACCACAUGACGUUGUACGAGUGUCGAGGCAAUCAGACUGAAUUGGAGGCCGCCACGAGGACCACCGGAGAAGUCUGCUUCCAACCAGAUCAACCUACGAUCAAAUGCAGCACUAUAGCUGCUACCUGGAGUCUCGGUUCAGAGGGCUUUAAUUACCCACCUGAGGCCGGAUACGCACUGGACCCGCACGGUGGACCACGCUACUACAUGUUGGAGACCCUCUAUGCCAAUCCGCGACGGGACGCCUUCAUUAACGACAAUUCCGGCCUUCGUUUACUGUACACCGACCGGCUCAGAAUUCACGAUGCCGGGAUACUCAGUAUAGGCAUCGAUCCUAAUUGGCGCCACAUCAUACCACCUGGUCAACCGGAAGUUGUUUCCGAGGGGCAUUGCAUCGCUGAGUGCACUGGGCAAACUGUGCCCAAUAAUGGAAUCAACAUGUUUGCCGUCAUCAUGCACACACACGAGCUUGGCAGAAAGGUCAGGCUACGACAAAUCCGAGCUGGAGAAGAACUAUCGCCUAUAGCUGCUGACGCUAAUUAUGAUCCCAAGUAUCAGGAAUACAGAAGACUUCAGCGACCUGCCAAAGUUUAUCCGGGCGACCACUUGAUAGCGGAAUGUACCUACUCGUCCGAGUCUCGAGCUGGGAUCACCUUAGGAGGAAUGGGGAUGAGAGAAGAGAAUUGUCUGGUCUCCGCACUCUAUUAUCCACGCAUCGACUUGUCCCUCUGCUACUCCCUUCCAUCUCUGCCUACAGUACUUCAUAGCUUGGGAAUUCAAAAGCUGGUCGAAACUGCAGAUUCGGUGCAAAUUGUAGAGCCUCGUGAUCUUCAAGGUAUGACUUUGGAGGAGCGCUUACUGAGCUACGAUUGGCAGACAAAGUUUCAGAGUUUCCUAGAUGCCACUCGAAGAGGAACAUUUAAGCCUCUUUGUUCAAACAGUAAAGGAGUCGCUCUAUCGGGAAUGAAGGUAGAAUCACACUACCCUCGGAUUUUGAAGAGUUAUCGUGAGCAGAUUCUCCCGUGUUCGAAAAAACCACUGAGAAACAAAUUGGCUAUGAUGUUGAGUGGCGAUGGUGACAUCGGGGCGCCAAUGGACGACAGUGAUGAGUCCAAUGCUGUGGAACGGGGGCAACUUGUUCGAAACAAAGUGUCCCGAAGCAGUGAAGGUCCAGCGGCCGGAAGUUCCGGUGCAAAGUCCGUUUCCGUCGCGUUAUUAGUGGCCGCGAUAGUUUUUUCCUUCAGGUGAAGGAAAUAUGACAGUAUUUAUCAGUGAAUUUUUUUGUUAAUCAUCAUCGCUGAUGAAGACUUGAAAGGAGACGCUUAUGUGAGUACCAAGUGGAUGUUUAAAGUGUCAAAAAGGUAUUCUGGAUAGCUUAGAGCACACUGGUUCUGUUUUCGGAUUUUCGGGUGUCUUUCGAUGCUUUCAUGAUUAGAGACACUUUCGAGUGGCUGAUUUCAGAAAUUUCUUGAACAUCCCUUCGUCGAAAGGCACCUUCGAAAGGACAAACGUACUCAUGACGAGACGGCGUAGGUUCUUGAAUUCUCUUCUGAAGAGGUCAAGAGAUACACACAUAGGCUGUUUAUUUGCCGAGUGGGAGUCGUUCAACGUUCCCGUAGGUAUUGUUUUUCAUACCAAGAAUGCUGAAUAAAAAAUGUAAUUUAUUUUCCGCUUGGAUAAGAGGGCAUUCGUGGAAUUGUUGGGUCAAUCAAAAUUACACGACUCCCAGUGCGGAACUUGUAUAUUUUGUUAAUUAUAUUAGAAUUUUUGUGAAAGUCGUAGGAGCGAUGGUCUUCUUGCAAGAACCUCACGUUGAAUAAGUCAACGACGUACUGAUUUAAUUUAUAAGUCGCACCAAGUAUUUGGAUCAACGCUUGUACGAUUUGCUUGUAUUAUUGUGUACAGUUUUUAUACAUAGUACUUCCUUUCGCAAUUGUGAGCGAGAGGGAUAAUUAUUUAUUAUUAUUUAAAGUUGUAAAGAGAGAUUAUUUUCAAUGUUGACUCAUCUUGCUUUAUUCACGAAAACAUACACAGACUGAUCAGCUUACACUCGUGCAUGAUUCUAUUCUGAAACGUUAAUCAUAUUAGAAAGAUGAUUGAUUUAUUUAUCUCUCAAACCCUCUGGGAUCAAUGGUUUCGCUGGAAUUAAAAAUAACUUACGAUUUAAUCUUACAGCUCUUAUCAGGAAAGAAUUUGUUUUUUUUUCUGCAAAGUUUUCAAGUUAGACUGAGCCCACGGGAAAGCGGAAUUGAAUAUCUGAGAGAUGAUGGAAGGUUCCCUCCUAGAGGAUAGCAUUUCACCCAGCCGAUUAAAUCGAUAUUAAUAUGUCGUGUAGUAAUAUUUUACAAGUUAAUGUGAUCAUUAUUCAUAAAUGUCAUAGGGCAUCUGUGUGUGUAGUAGAGUAAGGCAGACUAAAUCUAAAGCAGAAGCUACAAACUGAACGUCUCGAUAUUCUACCAAAUUUUUAUCUUGCAAAACCAGCACCAAUUUUAAAUUUCAAUAGAAACUUGUCAAAUUUGUUGCCGACUGCUAAAGGCAGCUGAAGUCAUUGGUCGGCUACUUUUCAUGUUUACAAGUUGAAGCCCGAGUCAGUGGAGAACUAGCCACUAAAACUUUCGUUACCGCUGAAUCAAUUCGACGUCAAUAGAGCAACAGCAGGAUCAAGCCGAUCUCCAAAGUCGCCAGGUGAGAGCAACAGAGUUAAGUUCUAGGGAAACUACCGGUGAUAUGGCCAGAACAAUCAACGUAAAGUGUCAGGAUUAGAUGUCACUUAAAUAGCUGGAGAUAUGUUAUAGCUAGAGAAAGAUAUAAUGCAUUUAUUGUAUUUGGCGAUUUUGAAUCGAGUGUACGUUAGUUCAUUUCUAAUGCGAUAUCCUGUCCUCAUCACUUCUCCCUCUUUCAUUAUUUAUUUAUUUAUUUAUUUAAAACCCAGUGAUUUUCUAAUAGGAUGUAGAAUCCAGUGAAAUUUGAUUUGCAACGUUGACAUUAAUAUACAAGAAGAUGCUAGUCAUUUACUCCUCCUAAAGAUAAAAGCUUGUCAGCCUUUGAUUUGUGAUCAAUGAAUCCGCUCGAAUUACAAACAGAUCGGCAGAUUUUUUUAUGGAACAGAUCCGUAAUUUCUCAAGGAAUCUGUAUUAUCAUCAAAGAAAGGGGAAGAAAAA